AUGCUCCCUUUGAGCUCCUUUUGCUCCAUGGCUCCUGCUUGUUGGGCCGUGCAGCCACUCGUGGCGGCUCCCAACGCGUCGCCACGCUCCCAGGAGCCGACUCGAGUUCGAGAAACCUUCACCACAAUAUUUUCAUUCUGCAAUUUGCAUCCUACCGUCGACAGCAACUGCUCCACUUCAACGCACUUCGACGGUGAUUCACGACAUGCGGCCUGCUCUCUUCUCUGCCUUUGCAGCAGCCUUGCUGGCCAUCCACCUCGGCUCCAGCGCUGCCGAUGUUGUCACCUACGACUGGCGUGUACCGCCUCAUAUGACGGCGUCUCGAUUCAAUCUCUCGGUAUCAACGGGAAGCCUUCGGACCAAUCUGUCAUCGACGUGGAGCUGGGUCAGGAGGUCGAAGUGCGGGUUACGAACGAGCUCAACGAGCCUACGUGUCUUCACUGGCACGGCUUGAAGCAACUCGGCACUCAAGAAAUGGACGGAACGUCGGGGCUUACGCAAUGCCACAUUGACCCAACGGAACGGCGGUGUAUCGCUUCACACCCGACAAGGCUGGCACAUUCUGGUGGCACAGCCACCACAUCGCGCAUCGUCCACGCGCCUGCUAGCGAGCAACAAGAGUGGGAAAAGGAUGUCGACGGCGAGUUCAUCAUCCAAAUGGCGGAUCUCUACCAUAGACCACCGCAGCCUGUGCGUAUGUGGGACAACAUCCUCAUCAACAACCGCGGACGCUACAACUGCACUGCCGCGGCGCACCACAACUUCACUGAGUGCACGGACAACCAGCCGCUGUCGCAUUUCCGCUUCAAGGCCGGCAACAAGUACCUGCUGCGUUUGAUCAACAUGGCAGCGCUGUCCCCGAUUCAAUUCAGCAUCGACGACCACAUGCUCCAGGUCGUUGCAGCAGACGGCGAGCCGCUUCAACCCUCCAAGCCAAUCAACUCGGUGACUCUCAACGCCGCACAGCGCUACGACAUUCUGGUUCAAGCGAAAGGCUCGCCCAGUGUUGGCAAGCAGCAAGGCGGGAAACAAGAAGAUGUUGGCUCGUUCUGGAUGCGUGCCACUGGGCUGCACGGUCUCCCGUGGACGAGAGGAACAGCGGCCGUUGCUGGCGAAGGCUACAACUACGAAGGCCUCGCGAUUGUAUCGUACGAGGCUGAGAGCGACAAGGAGCCGACAUCUCAGCAGCAGAUGAACACGACUACCGUGAGCGAGUAUGACUUCACGCCUCUCGUUCCCGUGGUUCUGCCCUCGACACCGUCCGACCGCGCUGUUCUCCAGCUCAAGAUGCAAAACGGCUCGGGAUAUUUCGCGAUCGAUGACGGUGACUUCAACCACUUCACUCUCCCUAGCGACCCACCGCUCUACUCGAUUGCCGCCGGUCUGAAAACCGAACAGCUUCCUGCCUCGACCAACGCGCGCAAGAUUAACUACGGGGGCCACAUCGAAGUCGUCCUAGUGAAUGCGAAGGACGAGCAACACCCGUUCCACAUGCACUCGCACACCCCGUGGGUGGUAGACAGCGGCGUGGCCUCGAUGGACGCGAUCCGCAACAACACGCUUCCGGCACUCCGCCUUGUAAGCCCAAUGAAGGGUGACGUGUAUACUAUUCCUCCGUGCACUUCGGACGGUAAUGGGGGCUGCUUGGAUGCCGGCUACGUGGUAAUGCCGACAACCCCGGCGUGUGGAUCAUGCACUGUCACAUCGACUGGCAUCUACUAG